AUGUCACUGAACGAGAAGCGAAUGUUUGAUCGCGAAACGCUGCGAUCCGUCAUCCAGCAAUGGAACACGGUUCGAUUGGACAUUUUCGCUCUCUCGGAGCCGAACGAGAACCUGGAAUUCCACGGGGUGAUGCGAUUUUACUUUCAAGACGAGGGCCAAAAGGUAGCAACGAAAUGUAUCCGCGUCGCUUCCGAUGCCACCGUGUCCGAUGUUAUCGAAACGUUAAUAGAAAAAUUCCGUCCCGAUAUGCGAAUGCUGUCCCUGCCGAACUACGCCCUGUACGUGGUGCACGCGAAUGGCGAAGAGCGAAAGCUGAACCCGGACGAGAAACCACUCCUGGUGCAGCUGAACUGGCACAAUGAUGACCGCGAAGGGCGGUUUUUGUUAAAGAACUGUGCCCAAAAAACAAACACUUUGGAUAGCAUCACAGAUCAGCAGAGCUUCAAGCGAAAGUUGUCGAAGCGGGAAAAGAAAGAGCAGAAGAAAAAGGAAAAACUGAGCAAACUGCAAUCUGGUGGGGGAAGCGGAGGAGCCGGUGGUCCCGACUCUGAGAAUCAUGUGGCCGAAAAGCUGUACACCGAGCUGCCAGAAACAUCAUUUACACGGUCGAUUUCCAAUCCGGAAGCGGUGAUGCGAAGGCGUCGACAGCAGAAGCUGGAAAAGAAGUUACAACAGUUCCGGUCCCGGGACGGUGGACCGGAUACUGGGGGAACACUGAAGAUUUACGGCGAAAGCUUAUGUCGGGACGUGCCGUACAAAACGUUACUCCUCUCGAUACGGGACUGCGCCCAGGCCGUCGUGCGGGAGAUGCUGGCGAAGUACGGUAUGGACAAGGUAGACCCGCUGCACUACUGUUUGGUCCAGGUGAACAGCGACGGAUCCGAGUAUAUUUUGGAUGAUGAUGAAUGUCCUCUCUCGAUACUGAUGAACCAUCCCACAUCCAGAGGUUCGAUAAUGUUUCACGUGCGUCGACGACCGGCGGAUUCGCAGCCGCGAAGACGGAAAAAGAAACCGCUCGGCGUGUCGAACGGUGGCAACAACAUCGGUGGCGACCGCGAAGGCCCGAUGUUGAUCGAGAUCACGCACAGCGGCGACGGCGGUCGACGUGUCAAGCUUGGCAGCGAACCGAUCGAGGUCGGCUCGGCCAACACCAACGCCCUGCAGCUGUUCGGUCCCUCCAUCCAAGCCCGCCACUGUCUGAUAUCCAUGCACGACGGUGUCUGCACCGUGACGCCCCUUCACGCCGAUGGCACGACGUUCGUCAAUGGACACCACAUUCAGCAACCAACGAUACUGCACAACGGAUCUGUGGUUAUGUUCGGCCGAGUAGCGUCUUACCGGUUCGUAGAUUCCCCCUCCGAUGGCCGCUACAACCUGGCACUGUCGCAAUCUCAACUUGAUUCGGCUUGUUUGUAUGAAAGUCGAUCGCCAACAUCUCCAACCUCUUGGAAUGAGGAUGAGUCCGACAGUCCGAUCAGCUCUACUCAGAUGAGCUCAAAGCUGGCUUCAGCAAGCGCUGGAAUAAGCUUUCUUGACGGGGGAGCGAGUGCUUCAAACAGUGGCGACACCCAACAACACUUGUUUGGCAAAACUGGUUCGUUCGAAAUGCAGUCAACUCCGGGGUCACAGCAUCCGCAACAAUCUCACCCACAUAUGCACCACCACCAUCCGGGCGGUCUCCUUGUGACGGCCAUCGAUGGUCCGGACCCAAUGGCGGGUGACGAGUCGAUCAGUAAAGCCCAUAAUCAGGAGCUCGCCGAGAACGACAACAUGCCCGGUGGCGGAGGAGCGGGUGCCGGUAACGUUGGUGAAACGGAAACAAAGUCAAUUUCGAGUUUUAAAUCAAUUGGAUCAACCAACGACAGGACCAGCACCUUCCCAAAGCUUCAACCGUCACACGCAGCAACUUCGAUAGCGGGAGAACCCGGUGGCCAGGAACCGAUUCUCCCGGCAGUACUCGAGUUUCCGGAGCAAAACCAGGAACCGUUCCUGCAGUCGGUCAUUAGCGAACUGGACGUCAACUCGCCCAACUUCAAGCUAGCUCCGGUCUAUACGCUCUACCUUUGUGCCAGAUACCGGGCAUCGACGCACUACCGUCCGGAUCUGCAGCCUACUGAACGGGCGCACAAACUAACCGUGUUCCUGCACCACGUCGCUAACCUGAUUCAGAACGUUGUCCAGGAACAAUAUACGGACGCCAAAAUACUCUCGUUCUGGAUGGCCAAUAGUUCCGAGUUUCUGCACUUCCUGAAGUCAGAUCGCCACAUUUCGGCGUUCAGUGUACAGGCGCAGGAGGUGCUGGCCGAGAGCGUGCAGACCGCUUUCCGCAAUCUUGUGUCGAUAUUUCACGUCGAACUGUCGCAAACGCUGAACCAGUUCCUGUCGGAAAACAUCGAUCACGAUUCUGCUGCCGGUCUGGUACUGUCGGUGCUCGGCUCAGCCAUGGCGCUACUUCGCCGGUGUCGCGUCAACGCGGCCCUAACCAUUCAGCUGUUCUCGCAAUUGUUCCACUACAUCAAUGUUGUCUGUUUUAAUAAGUUCGUUACGACCUCCCACAUGUGCACAAGUGCUUGGGGCAAAGCAUUGAGCGAACGGCUAUCGCUGUUGGAGCUCUGGGCCGAAAAGCAGGGUCUCGAGUUGGCGGCCGACUGCCAUUUGGCAAAAAUCAAUCAGUGCGCCCAGUUCCUACAGGCGCCUAAAACGUCCGUCUCCGAUGUGCAGCAGCUGGCGUGCUCCUGCUUCCGCCUGAAUUCUCUGCAAAUGGCUGCGCUCCUUUCACAGGAAACGAUUCCUCGAAACCUGAUUGACACUGCGGUGCGGAUGGCAGAAUCGGUUGCAGAUGAGCUAAGUCGUGCCGAUGGGCGCGAAAUACGACUGGAGGAAUCGCCCGAGCUGCCGUUGGCACUGCUUCUGCCCGACGAUGGUUUCAGCUGUGACGUAGUUCGUGGCAUACCGGCGGGCUUGGUGGAUUUCCUCAAUCCCUUCCAGAUGGCCGGCUGGUGUCGACUCGCAUCCCAACCAACCAGCAUUGGACUGUGGACGGUGUACAUGCACCAGUUCAAUCAAGGACGCUCCCCGAGCGUAAUGUCCAGCAAGUUGCCACAACCCGAGGUACAAAUCAUCAAACUCCACAAGAACGCGAACGGUAUGGGACUUUCGAUUGUAGCCGCCAAAGGGGCCGGCCAAGAGCGACUCGGUAUCUACAUCAAGUCGGUGGUUGGUGGUGGAGCAGCUGAUCUGGAUGGACGGCUGCAGGCAGGCGAUCAGCUACUCGAGGUCGACGGACAAAGUCUGAUCGGAAUAACACAGGAACGCGCUGCGGAUCAUCUCGUUCGCACGGGGCCAGUCGUCACGCUGAAGGUCGCAAAGCAAGGUGCCAUCUAUCACGGUUUAGCCACCCUCCUUCAGCAGCCCAGUCCCAUCAUACAGCGCGGUGGUCGAAGAAUGUCGGAACGCGACAUGACCCGGAUCGGUACCACCAGUAGCGGUGAUAUCAGCAAACCACCCGUACCUUCACCAUCCGCCGGACAGCAGCUUCUAAAUAGCAAAUCGGUCCCCGCACUGCACCAUGUUGGUAACAUAGGUUCUUCCGCCAAUAAAUCCCGUAGUAUACACAAUCUAGCCGGUGGUGGAGGCAUUGCAGGAGGAUCAGGAGUAGGUGGCAUCGCUACAUCGGCGACGGGUCAGGAUCAGGGAUUCUAUCAGAAUCUCAGCGUGUACCGAGCACAAAAUCAAAGCCAUCCGAAUCUCGGCGAUAGACCUCCGAUGCCCCUGCAGUCAUCGCUCAAUUCUCCCGGUGCUUCUAGCAGCAACGCUCACCUACAGCAGCAGCAGCAACAACAACAGCAGCAAUUGCUGCAGCAGCAUCAACUCCAACAGCAACAGCACCCAAUUUUAAGCCGUCCAGCGUCUGCCUAUUUUAAUAGCAAUAAUAGCAGUAACAGUAUCAACCCGAGUAAUUUGUUACUGACAACACCAAACUCUAUGUCUUACACGAUGCCUAAUCAGCCUAGUAGUAAUAGUAAUAGCGGUAAUCUUACGAACGUGUCGCAGCAUCAGCAACAGACUAAUAUGAACACGAUCAACAGUCGGCUUGCGUCAUCUAUGGGCGUAGGGCCGAAACAGCAGCCAAUGGGAGGACCGGCGGCGAGCAAUGUGAACGGCUUCAUGCGGGACGUUCAAGCACAACAGAGUCUGCGCAUGAAUCAGAUGAUGGCUCCGUCGAUGCCCAACAUUGCACACUCCGUGGCCGGUGCAGGAUAUCAUCAUCCAUCCGUCGGAGGAGGCAUCUCCGCUAGCCAGAGCAUGCAGAACGUGAAUAUGAUUCCUGGGGGACCCGGUAGUCCCGCUGGUGGUGCUGGCUUCAGCUAUCACGGCAGUGCUAACGGAAGUCCUAUGCUGUCGCCUCAAAUGUACUCACACGAGCAAGCGCAACAGCAACAACAGCAGCUUGCCGCACAGCAUCACUCUUUGCUUCGCGGCCAAGCAAAACUGGCCGAGAUGAACGAACUUAUCAAACGACGCCAACAGCAGCAGCAGCAGCCGGUCGCAUACAAUACGGCCACAGGGAACAAACCAUUGCCCCAGCAGCAGCAUCACCAACAACACAUGAUGCCUCCGUCAACGGCACCCAAACCUGUCCGGGGGCCAGAAGAUCAACCUCCACUUCCGCCCGCAGCAACGCACCCUUUGUUUAAGCCAGGUAGCGGAACUGCACAGAACACCGGCGCAACGUACAGCAGCUCUGAACCGCCGAAGGUCGGUUACUAUCCGACGAUGUCGCAAAAUAAAAGCGGAAACCCCCUUGGCAGUAAUAAUCCAUGGGAGCGCGAAGAGAAGGAAAAGGAAACGGAACUGCGCCGUGAGCAUGUACGAGCCUGGCGGGAUCAGCAGAUAAUGGAGCUGCAGUCGUUGCCACAGCGUACAUCGCAGCAGGAAGAACAGCUUCGCACGCUGGCGCUCGAGCGUGACUUUGAGCGGCGAGCAAUGGAGGAAGACCAGGACUACGACACGGAUAUGCCGUACGGAGGAAAGGACCAGGGCAAUGUGCAGGAGGUAGUGCGCUUGACUCAAGCCAACAAUGCUCCGCUAACUGCACCACUAACCAAGCUGAAGCAAGUGGAGAUCAAGCAGGGUACUGCUGAUACGAUUUCGCUGACAUCCAGCGAACAGUCAUCCACCGUAGCAUCCGUUUCGACAACCAUUGCCAACUUCCAGCAGCAGCACCAGCAAUCGGGACCGCCAUUGAUACAACCGAAGAGUAUCCUCAAACAUAACACCAACAACAGUACACCGUCUUCACCGUCAAAGGGUGGAGCCACGAAAACGGCAAGCUUUGCUCACGACAAUGGUGGCAACCAUCCGGCCGCUCGCUCACAGCUCAACCUGAGCGAAAUCACCGCCAACAAUACCAACGCCAACCAGAUGAUGUCGCAGAUGGUGCUCGACAUGAAUCAGCUCAACCUAACGUCCGGUCUACUGGGAGAGGAUCGGGAGAAUAGCGAGUACGGUGGCACAGGUCACGACCAGAUUCUACUGCACAACGGUGGCAGUGGAUACGCUGGCAUGACAGGCGAGGCAAACAGCGUAGGUAGCGGUGGUGUUCCGCCCCCUCCGCCACCAGAACGAAACAGCUCGUAUGUGAUCAUGUCACAGCAACAGCAGAAGCUGCGGCCCGGCUCUGGUCCCAACGGUGCUCCAAUGAAGCUUUCAUUCGGUGGUACCCACAGUCCGGCCUUAGACCAGCAGCAGCAAAAUGUGCUAAACAACAACACAAACACCCUUCCUGUAGGAGGACGGUAUGGUAACAACAGUUUGCUGAUGACUGCACCGCCGAACAGCAACACUAUCAGCAAUCAGCAGCAACAAGCAUCAUCGACCAUUGCUACUGCAGCCGGAAGCUCCUCCAGCAUGCUGUUGCAGCAUGCCAAUAGUAGCUACAAGGACAACAAACGCGUUUCUUUCCACGAUGAAGAUGCUGGCAACAACAACAACAAUAACCCAUCGACACCGCUCAUGAACUCCGGCGUUGCGGGCUACACACAAGCCGGACAUUUAAUCGGUGGUGCCAUCGGAAACGACUCAACAGCGGUUGGGGGCCCAGGAGAACUUGGUACCAUCCUGGAGCGGCCGGAUCCUGACCGCUUCAUUGACGAAACCAUGCCCGCUAUGCUACACACUCCCACCACACCGGACGGUGAAAACUGGAACAUGCAAAUACAAGCGACACCAGGCGUUAUUGGGGCCCAGGAAGUUUAUCGUGACCCUCGCACCAGGCGGUUGGCAGAGCAACAGCAGAAACAAAAGAGCGAGCCGGUGCCGGAAAAGUUGUCAUUCAAAGAGAAGAUGAAAAUGUUUGCACUAGAAUCAGGCGAAAACAAUACACCGAAGGAUAAGCUGAAAAUUUCCCGCGCCCAAAGGGACAUCGACGCCGUGCACUGAUCGACUGUGAAAGAGCUUCUCAGAAGCGUGACUCCGGCCACCCGGAGCGUAGAAAGUGUGUGUAAGUAGCUCCAUAGUGUAAAUGCUAGCGAUAGGCUGAAAAUUUAAACACAGUACAAUCCUGUCCCAAUUUGUACGUCGAAGAAGUUCGUACAGUGUGGUCAUAGUUAAACAGGAUAUGAACCCGUUUUGGUGCAUCCCCCUGAGGUUGACACUUAAGAUCGAACCAUUAAGCUGCUGUUGAGAGAUAUGUAAAAAUGCGGCGCCAGAAAAAAAGGAUCCGAUAGUGUAGAUAGUGCAAACAACUAAUAGUAUAUAUAGAAAUAGAGGAACAAGUUUUUAAAAUUAUUUUCGUUUCGAAACGCGCUGAAACGAAUCUUUGAGCAGUUUGUAAUGGAUUAUGGCUGAACAAUAAUGAUCCUACUGUGGAAGAUCGUUACGAUUGAUACGAACCCAAUGGACCAAGACGAUACUGGCAGUGGAAGAUACGACAACUUAGAGAGAUAUGUUUGUUUUUAUAUAUAUUUAGCAAUAUGUAUAUCGAAGGCAAGCGAGAGGGCGUAGUCAAUAGGCGGAAGAUUUAUAUUUAUAUCUGUGAAUCCAUUUUGCAGCUGUCAAAACAAACAACAAUUGUUAAGUCUCGGCAGAAAAUUUAUUCAAUACAACAAGAUUUGAAUGAACAGAUUCGGAGGAGAGGGUAGAUUUAAUGUGGUGGAAAAUUUUUAAAACAGCACUCCUCAGUGCGGAGUUUUUUUGUAGUAGUUUUUAUAGUUUUCUUCGUGAUCGGUACGAUGAAAUCUUGAGACACACAAUGAAAGGUCAAUUGAACUACUGAUAUAAGAGGAUUCUGCAAUAUUGUGAGCUCCCUUACAAUGCGCCGUGAAAGCAUCAAUCGCGUUGAUAUGGAACGGAAGAUUCUGAUAAAGUCCUCAAUUGUUAACAUAUUUAUGCCGACUUUUUGAACUACGAGUGUUCCACUAUAUUUCGUAAAGUAAAUCAGCAUAUCGGCACUCCAACAUCUGCAGUGUACGUGCAUGUCCUCUGCAACUUGCACACUUUAACGGGUCCACGACAUUUUUCGUCGCACGAAUUCGCCGGUUUCGUUUGCUGAGUUUGGCACUUGUAGUACUGAGAUACCGCUCCGAUACCUUGUACCGCGAAGCAACCGGAAGGAUAGUAGAUAGCAAGUCAGUGUUUUCUUCUUUUUGUAUUUUUGUCGAUACGAUUGUUGAGAGAGUAAACUAGACGUUGGCAGAGACGUAGUAGUAACGAACCAACCUAUGAUAAUAGAUGUAGGCAAAAUCACCCAAACGACAUCAAAGUGAUUUUAUUUGUUAUAUAAACAAGUAUUUUUAUAUCGUAAACGAGAGACUAUUGAAGAAUUUCCAACAAUUUUCGACAUAUUUAAGAUACAUUUACCUCUACACCACCAGCGGAUUACGACCGAUUUCUAGCACAUAUUUUUAAACUUAAUUAUAGAUAAAAGGCACCCAUGGCGUCAAAGUAACAGUACAUGUUUUGUGUGCGUCGUGUGUUCUGAUCCACACACCGGAACAGGAACGUGUAACCAAAUCCCUCAAUCGAAAGUGCGCUGUAUCGGAGAGUUUCCGCUUGGAUCGCGCCGGUUAUUGUGACGGUCCAAACUCGAUCACGUCACUAACAAAUGGUGGUAUCAGGAAGGGAAGCAUAACUUUUGAUUCCGGGCAUACACCACUUGUACUUGUACAGAAGCAUAUGCUAGUGCUCUCCGUUAAAUUAGUAUUAUUAGAACCGGUUUUUAACGAACGUCAUAAUUGAACUGUAGAAGACCUGUUAGGGUGCAUCCGUGCAAUCACGGAUAGGAAGCUGGGUUUCAGGGUAGCAGUGAAAAUGAACACGCACGGUAGGAAUGUUUGAGCAAAUGACAGAGAAAAUUUCAUAGUUUACUUAAAAACUACUAUUUUCCAACAUUUAAGAAAUUAUAAACGAAAAUAACAGCUAUGUAAAUGUUAGUA